UCAUUUGUAGUGGGAGUAGGAAUGUUACCUAAUUAAGUUUUUCACAAUUUCGCAUUUGUUUCGAUGGUUUCAUUUUAACCCCUCCACCACCUCCACCUCCACCUCCACCCCAUAGGUACUAUAAAUACAUGCAACUUUGUCUUCAAAACAUCAGGUAGAAUUAGAAAUGGAGUCGAAGUUAGUGCAAGUCAUAUUUUUCUUCUUGUUUGUCACAGUUUCAUCCGCUUACACACCAUUCCAAUACUUUAUGCAUGUUCAGUUCUGGCCAGCUGCUGAAUGCCAAGCUACAGGGGGGGUGAAUAAAUGCCACAUCAUGCAACCAUCUCAUCUUCAGUUCACUAUUCAUGGUCUCUGGCCUGCGAAUAAAUCAUCCUCUUCAUCCCUUGGCUGCAAAGGGGAUGCCUUUAAUGUGAAUGAGAUGAAUGAUACACUGAAAAAGGAGCUACUCAGUUCGUGGUGGGAUUGGAGAAAAGGGGAGCAUGUCGAAUUCUGGCAACGAGAGUAUGAUAAGCACGGAAAGUGCUCCGACAAUGUGUUCCUGAAGACCGAGUACUUCCGGAAGACCCUAGCGAUGUACCAUGAUUUUGAUAUAGCUCAAAUCCUGCAGAAGGCUAAUAUUGUACCCCAACUACUUCAGCCCAAGACGUCGUUGUACAAAUUGUACUCCAUCGAUCAGAUAACAAAGGCCAUUGAGUCCAAAACCGGCGGACAUUCCGUCAAUAUCAGAUGCUAUCAACAAAACCAGAAGAAGAGCAACAAUGGAAGUAAACCAUUAAUAUAUUUGGCCCAAGUCGCCCUCUGCUAUAAUAGAUCUGGCAAUAGCAGAACUAACUGUGAUCCAGGCGAAACAACCAGCUGCAACUUUAAUGAAUCAGAACCGAAAACUGUACCAAGAAUAGCCCACAUAAAGCUCUGGUAACAACUGUAAGAUCAAUAUAAACAAAGUCAGCGGAAUAGAAUAAUCACAGUACAAAAGUAACCACUAACCUGAAGAAGACAUCUCUUGGAAACUAGGGAUCUUCUGCAGCUCUCCUCACGCUCAAUGAAUGAGAUCUGAGUAUUCUUUAGUUUGCGUGAUUGA